UGUUGUCCACAGAACCCAGACAGAAGAAGCCUGCCACUCUUUUCUCUCCAGUUGCCCCGUCCCGAUCCCACCAUGUGUAAGGAAAUUUGUACCAUGGCUUUUCUGCGGGCCAUCGUGGCUGAGUUCCUAGCCACCAUGAUCUUCGUCUUCUUCGGCCUCAGCUCAGCCCUGAAGUGGCCCUCGGCCUUGCCGAGCAUCGUGCAGAUCUCCCUGGCUUUUGGCCUGGCCAUCGGCACCAUGGUCCAGAUGUUCGGUCACGUCAGCGGUGCGCACAUCAACCCAGCAGUGACCAUCGCUUUCUUGGUGGGGAACCACAUCUCCUUCCUUCGGUCAGUGUUCUACGUGGUAGCCCAGCUGGUGGGGGGCAUCACUGGGGCAGGCAUCCUUUACCUGGUGACCCCGAUCAACACCCGUGGAAACCUGGCUGUCAAUGCGCUCAACAACAAUACAUCCCCAGGCCAGGCACUGGUGGUCGAGAUCAUCCUCACCUUCCAGCUGGCGAUGUGCAUCUUUGCCUCCACGGAUAAACGCCGGACCGAUGCCAUAGGCUCCCCAGCAUUGUCCAUCGGCCUGUCGGUCACCCUGGGUCACCUGAUUGGGAUCUACUUCACCGGCUGUUCCAUGAACCCAGCCCGAUCCUUUGCACCAGCUGUCGUAAUGAAAAGAUUCAGCACUGCUCAUUGGGUCUUCUGGUUCGGACCCAUCAUCGGUGCAGUCCUGGCCUCCCUGCUUUACAACUACUUCCUGUUCCCCUAUUCACUGAACGUCUCCGAGAGGGUAGCCAUCGUGAAAGGCACCUACGAGCCAGAAGAGGAGUGGGAAGAGCAGAAGGAGCAAAGGACAAAGUCCAUGGAGCUGACCUCCCCGGCCCAGCGUCUUCUUGGCGGGGCUGGAAAUUCAAUUGUUCCCCAGCCACGAAGCACAAGGUCACAACUGCCCAACUGGGAGGUAGCCCAAGGAGCCAGGAAAGGCCUGUAACCUCUACAGUCCAGGCCCCUGGUUUGCUCCAUAGUCCUGACACCAUAUCCUGUAAGCCCCAACCGCACCCCCAGCUUCUGCUUGUUUUCUUCCCCUUCCCUUCCCAAGCUUCUCCUGAGAACAACAUAAUACUGACUACGUUCUAAGGAAUUAACCCGGGACAAGAGCCUUUCUCUGAAUUACUCUCCAGCUUCUGCUGAGGCCCUUGGAAAGGGCAAGACAGCAAGUGAAAAGGAGUGAGGCUAGGUGGCUUGUUGUAGAGGAUGCUGCUGCUGCUUCAGAUGCGCUAAUCUCCUUGCUAGUCUGCUGUGUCUUUACCUCCAUACAGCUGUAUCCCUGGCCUUUCGCAAAAGGCCACGAUACAAGCCAGAGACCUCAUUCCUCGUGUGCCCAGGGCUCCCAUUAAACCCCAUUGAAGCAUUGGGCGCUGAGGGAGGAGACAGGGAUGGGACGCGGUAUAAGGGCCAGCAUGGCUGGCUUCGACAGACAGUUGCGGCAAAUAUAUUUUUCCCGUGGCGCAUCCUACAUCCCAAACCUUUAUCCCCAGGGGAAGCUGCUCUUUCCUGCAUUGGCUGGUGUCGGCGAGUCCUGUUUAUUUGGUGCAUGAAGGAUAGGAUUUUGGACUUUGUACUUGUAUUAUUGUAUUAUUUAUUGUCAAUAAAAGACACCACGGGUUAAUC